CACUCUCGAGUUUAUUGCCUCUGAAUAGAGGAAGUGGACACUCAAAGAGGUGAACAGAUUUGCCCAAGGUCACCGAGGAGUCUGCAGUGAGGCCAGGGUUUGCCCCCUGUCCCCAGCGAAUGGGUACGGUGGUCCUGGUCAGAGAGAGCACAUGCUGGCCAGCCCAGGGGUGUGAGAUCGGGGCAGCCUCUGUGCCCACUCCCCAGUGCGCCCCUCUGCACAGGUGGCACCCCGCGUGCCCUGUGGGGGCGGCAGCGAGCCGGACCGCAGGGACACCCAAGCUGGGGGCUGUGGAGCCUGCGGAGCCUGGCUUGGUUGGAAGGAGGAGGAUGCUCUGCGUGCCCAGGGUCCUGUGGGCACUGACAUCCAACGUACUCAUGCCCAUUUCCUGUAAUGGACAGACUUGAUGCUAAUGUGAGUUCCAACGAGGGUUUCGGGUCCGUGGAGAAGGUCGUACUGCUCACGUUCUUCGCAGUGGUUAUCCUGAUGGCCAUCCUGGGCAACUUGCUGGUGAUGGUUGCUGUGUGCAGGGACAGGCAGCUCAGGAAAAUAAAAACCAAUUAUUUCAUUGUGUCUCUUGCCUUUGCUGAUCUGCUGGUUUCGGUGCUGGUGAUGCCCUUCGGUGCCAUUGAGUUGGUCCAAGACAUCUGGUUUUAUGGGGAGAUGUUUUGCCUGGUCCGGACCUCUCUGGAUGUCCUACUCACCACAGCAUCAAUUUUUCACCUCUGCUGCAUUUCCCUGGAUAGGUAUUAUGCCAUCUGCUGCCAACCUUUGGUUUAUAGAAACAAGAUGACCCCUCUACGCAUCGCAUUAAUGCUGGGAGGCUGCUGGGUCAUUCCCAUGUUUAUAUCUUUUCUCCCCAUAAUGCAAGGCUGGAACAACAUCGGCAUAGUUGAUGUGAUAGAGAAAAGGAAAUUCAACCACAACUCUAACUCUACAUCCUGUGUCUUCAUGGUCAACAAGCCCUAUGCCAUCACCUGCUCUGUGGUGGCCUUCUACAUCCCGUUUCUCCUCAUGGUGCUGGCCUAUUACCGUAUCUAUGUCACUGCUAAGGAGCAUGCCCAGCAGAUCCAGAUGUUACAACGGGCAGGAGCCACCUCUGAAAGCAGGCCCCAGACAGCUGACCAGCACAGCACACAUCGCAUGCGGACAGAGACCAAAGCAGCCAAGACUUUAUGUGUCAUCAUGGGCUGCUUCUGUUUCUGCUGGGCCCCCUUCUUUGUCACCAAUAUUGUGGACCCUUUCAUAGACUACACUGUGCCCGAGAAGGUGUGGACUGCUUUCCUGUGGCUUGGCUAUAUCAAUUCAGGGUUGAACCCUUUUCUCUAUGCCUUCUUGAAUAAGUCUUUCAGACGUGCCUUCCUUAUCAUCCUCUGCUGUGAUGAUGAGCGCUACAAAAGACCCCCCAUUCUGGGCCAGACUGUCCCCUGUUCAACCACAACCAUUAAUGGAUCCACUCAUGUGCUAAGGGAUGCAGUGGAAUGUGGUGGCCAAUGGGAGAGUCGGUGUCACCUCACAGCAACUUCUCCUUUGGUGGCUGCUCAGCCCAGUGAUACGUAGGCCCCAGGACAAUGACCUAGAAGACAGCUGUAGCUUGAAAAGAAGCCAGUCCUAAGCUGCUACUUCGGUGUAUGUGGCUGCCCCUGGCACUUUGUUCUCCAAGGCUUUUCAAGAGCAUGAGGCAAUCCACCCUGGACUUCCCGCCACGAUUCUAGCAGGCGGUAUUAGAGGAAGUCAGGGGAGAGAAGGGCUUCCUCCUUCGCUUUCUGUUUCUCAACAUUUUCUCUUCCUGGAGUCUCCACUCUUGCUUGGUGGUCUCUGAAGUCCACGACCCAGUCCCCUUGCUGUUUCCAGUCUGUCUUGUAAACGUUUACCGUGUUCGAUUUUCAGUUUCCAAACAUGCCUUCUUUGAAGUGUCACCUUACGGAUACUGUCAAAACAUGUGCCUGGCUUGAUCACACUUCUUGCUUGGUCCUAUUUACCAUAGCUGUGUUUAAACUCUCUACCAUCCUUUCUCUGCUUUCUGCUGUGCACUUGGACCCUUUUUUCCCUUUGUCUAGUUGUAGACGUGCAUCCUUUUGGCCAGUCCUGUGUCAAUCAUGGAGCUCUGUUUUCUUUUACCUGUGUUUAGUGCUAACGUUCUCUUGAGGACAGACUCCACUCAUUUGCCAUUGGAGACACAGAAGAGAGAUCUGUCAGUGGAAAAUGGUCUCUGCAGAAAGCCUGGAGGGAAGUCAAAGACAGCUUCUCCCAGUGCCAGGACCAGAUCUAUCUCAUCUGAGAGAUUUGACUUUCCUUUCAGCAUAGAUAGAACACCUAAAGAGCCUUAGGCGGGGCUGGUG